AUGGCACACUCAGACGAGGAGUACAGCGACGCAGGGUCGGUGGACGAGCUGGACGAGAAUCUCGAGGAAGAGGACGAAGAUGAUGACGAUGUCGUCGACACCCGUACGGCUGGCAGCCGGCGGAAGGACCGGAGCAGGAAGAGCAGAAAGAAGAAGAAAAAGAAGAAGCAGCGUGGAGGUGCAGAGUGGGAAGUCGCAAGGACGUGGGAGACGCUGGUCGAAGGCGCCGAUGGAACCAUCACCGCUACCGUAGACGGGCUUUUAGAAGCCGACAAGAGGAAGAGGUUGCUCAAGGAUACUACUCCCCUACAGCGAGGUAUCAUACGGCAUAUGAUACUCGUGCUCGAUCUCUCCUUUGCCAUGGCGGAGAAAGACCUGCGCCCGACCAGGUAUCUCCUCACCCUCCGAUAUGCGCAAAAGUUCGUGCUUGAGUUCUUCGAGCAGAAUCCCAUUUCGCAGCUGGGCAUCAUGGGCAUGAAGGACGGUGUAGCGGUGCAGGUCAGCGAGAUGAGCGGCAACCCGACCGAACAUAUACUGGCCCUCCAUGCUCUGCGAUCAGAAGACCCAAAGGGCCUGCCUAGCUUGCAGAACGCUCUUGAGAUGGCCCGUGGAUCUCUAUACCAUACCCCCACACACGGUACACGAGAAGUCAUCAUCAUUCUCGGUGCCCUCCUUUCUUCAGACCCAGGCGACAUCCGCCAAACGAUCACCUCCCUCGUCGCAGACAAGGUCCGAGUAGGCAUUAUUGGUCUGGCGGCCGACGUCGCCAUAUGCCGCGAACUAUGCGCCAAAACAAACGACGGCAACGACUCUAGCUACGGCGUGGCCAUUGACGAGAAGCACCUGUGGGAUCUCUUGCUGGACGUCACCACUCCGCCAGUAACGUACUCACAGCGUUACUCAUCCAGCUCCCUGCUCAUGAUGGGCUUCCCUUCACGAACCGUAGAGCCGUUCCCCUCACUCUGUGCAUGCCACUCCAAACCAGUUCGAGGUGGCUACAUGUGUUCGCGGUGCGGAAGCAAGGUAUGCUCCUUACCCGCCGAAUGUCCAACCUGCAAUCUCACUCUUAUUCUCUCCACCCACCUGGCACGAUCAUACCACCAUCUCUUCCCGCUGAUCAACUGGGUCGAGGUUCCGUGGAAGAGGGCGUCGAAGAGCGUCAGCUGUUUCGCAUGUGGCAAUGUCUUCCCUCCCGUACCGCCACGAGAGAAGUGGGAUAGGCAAGAGGGAUCCGUCAAGGGCAUGUCUGUCAGCAGCAGAUAUGAAUGCACAGUGUGUCACCACCACUUCUGCAUUGAUUGCGAUGUCUUCGCCCAUGAGAUCGUGCAUAAUUGCCCUGGCUGCCAGAGCGGGAAACCCCUUAACGGCGCGUCUGUUUCUGAUUCAACAGCCGAGCCUCAUGCUAACGGCCACUCUCAAACUCUGAAUAACGACGAUGCAAUGGACACAGGCUAG